GUGCAAGCGGUGUCCGUGGCAACAGCACAGGAAGUGGCGCGCAACUGUUGAAAAACUGUCACAGACACAACAAACUGAACGGGAUAUUUCUUUCCUAAUUCAACUCUCUGUGAAGGUUCGUUAGCUUUAUAGUGAAGGUGUCAGGCUCAUAAAUAAACAGGGGCGCCUUUCUUACAACUAACCGGGCCUUCACAACGGAAAACAUGUCAUUUGUGAGAAUUGGGCGUCCUCAACAACACACCAAAGGAAAAAGGCCUGUGCGCUCCAAGAAGGCAGCUGCUCCCAAAAGAGAGUGGGUGAGCACCGUCAAUGACCUGUCUGUGCACAAGCUGACGGCUGCAGAGCUGAGUCAUCGGCAUGAGAUUCACAAGUCCCACAACAAGGCAGCGGCUCAGUGGGAGCUGAGAGAGAGAGCCUUGAAAUCCCGUCUCAGACAUGCUGGGAGUCCAGCACCUCUGGACCAGGCCAGCCUCAGCAUCAUCAGGGAGGUUUUUUCUGACCAGCUGCUCCUGCAAGAUGUGCUGGCCCGCUCUGAUAGAGCCAUGGCUGUGGUCAAAGACUUGUUUGGAGAUGCUCCACGCAGGCAGACUGGGCAUCCCAGUGUGACCAUGGCUCCAAACUGUGACUUUGACUCUGCACUGCCUGUUCUCCAGAGGCCAGAUCCUCCAACUCAGCUGUCGCUCCUCAGCCAGUCUAUGAUGGACCAACAGGCUCUCAAUGAACUAGAAGCUUCAGAGGAAGACUACAGUGAUGAAGAUACUUGUCAUGCUGGCAGUUCAGACUAUAAUGUCGUCCAAAGGACGAAUUUACGGAAAAUGAAGGCAAAGACUCAAAGUAGAACGGUGCAGCGGCAGAAAGUCCAUCGUCCAAUCUCUGACCAGAGACACAGAGAUGAUGUUCCUGUAACUCCCUGCACAUCAGGCAGAGCACCAGACCAAACAGCUCUAAACGCCACAGUGGCUGUUCAGCGUGUUCGGUCCAGACAGAGUCAGUCAGAGGAAGCCAAGGAGGAACCAUCAGUCAUGGUUUCUCAAGUUCUGAACCCUGAGCUGCCUCUCAACAACUCAGGCAGGAUCAGUAGUCGCACCACCAGGACUAGGAGGUGUGUUUCUAAGAGUUCAGAGCUAGAUGCCUCCUCUGUUGCUUCCCUCAGCGGGGACCAGUCCAGUCUGGGCCUGCUUCAGACCAUGUUGGGUCAGGUGGAGGCUGACUUGGAUUCUUUGAGUCCUGAAACAGUAGCAGAGUCAGCACAGAGUCCAAAAAAGCACAGAAAGCAAGGCCUCACUGGAUUCUCUGUCGCUUUGGUCUCCACUUUAGGGCGCGUAGUGCACCUCAUCAAACAGAGAGAAGAAGAAGUUCAGAAUGAGACUCUGGAGAGAAGAAGACUGGAGGAGAAGCUGAGAGAGCAGCGGGGGCUGAUUGAUGCUCUUACUGCUGAGACCAUGACUCUGAGGGAAGAGGCUGCCGCCAUGCAGGCAGAGUUGCAGCAGCGGACAGCAGAGCUGGAGCAGAAGUUGGACACAGUGGUGUUAGCAAUGGGGGGACUUGGACAAAUGGGGGGACACAUUUAUCCACCCCAAGAAUCUGACAUCAAAGCUGCAGUUUGUCAGUCUGCACCUGUUCCUGAGCGAACACAAGCUUCUGUUCCUCCUGCUGUUCUGCUCUCCCCACCUCAACAGAGAGACAACUGGCAACAAAUUCCUGUGACUCAUCCUGUGCCACUGCAUCAGGAGCUUCCUGCUGUAGAUAUCCUGCAUUCCUGCAAGGACCUAAAGAUCCACAGCUCGGCCUCCAGCCUCACCAGCCUGCCUCUCACCAGUCUGCCUUCCACUUCCUCACUAUCACUGACCUCCGACCCUUUCAGCUCACAGCUCUCUCCAGAGGUCAUGCUGGCUGAGAUCGCUCAGCUGAGCAGACAGAACGAACUGAUCAGAGCACAGCUCAGCCAGGCGAAGAGCGUCGGGUCAGGCACCGGAGGAUCGCCUAACAGUAGUAGUGGGGAGCAGAGACAACGGUCGAGCUCCUGCAGCAGUUCAGGCAGAGUCACACCUCAAAGUGUUGGUGAGAGAAGGAUUUCAGCGUCCAGGAGCACAGAGAGACGGAGCCCGCACAUCCAGGCUGCUGAAGGAGAGCAACAGACUAAUCAGGUGACGGCUUAUGACACCCUCAGUGUGAGCAGCGUGACCAGUGUGAGCAGUGUGCAACAGCGCCUCCUCGAGCUGAACAGGCAAAGUGCAGCAGCCAGGGGUCGACUGCUGGAGCUUAUUGAGCAGCAGAAGCAAAGUGUUUCAGCCAAAGUUUCCCCCUCUGUCUCCCCCGUCCCUCCCUCCUCCUUCAGCCCGCACACAGCAGCUGGAGGAGGAAGUCCAGAGGUGUCUGUGCUGAUGCCUUCACAGCAGCCCCUGUUCAAGGCUGGUGGUGCCGAGAGACGAUCAGCUGGUUCUGAAGCGUCUUCUUCCCCAAGUUUUAGAGGAGAAGCCAGUGACGGCAACACACAGGUGGAGAAGCGGAGAGAGCGAGAAGGCUGGUUUGCCUUGUCCGCUCAUGUACGAUGACAAGAAGAAGAGUAACAGUUCAACCUGAAGCUGAGGAAAUUUUAGUAAAAUCUGGUUUUUAGUAUUUUAUCCACAUGUUUUUAAAUGACUGAAUUAAACGUGAUGAAUUUUAAAAUUAAACCCUGUUUUUUGUCCGA